AGCUGGUCAGCAUCGGUUAGCCUUCCCUUUAGGAACAGAUACUCGCCCUGUCCUGAGUCUGGAAAGGAGAUGCGCUUUGUUUAAAUACAAGGGGUGGGAAGGAAGACCAUUCCAGAUAGCGCCUGGAGUGACUGAGGCUCCAGAAAGCACCCAGGUCUUUGUUUUUAUAUAGACAAGCAAAGUAUAAAAAUCAAUGGAAACCCUUCCGUCUUUGUGAAGCCGGGGCUUAGGAAUUGUUAUUUGCUCUGCUUUCGCUCCGUUCGGAAAUUAUUUGCAGAUCAAAUGCACCCCGGAGACCUGCUAACCUUUGGGCAAUGUUUAGAUGUAACAUCCUGCUUGGGGAUAAUUAUUAGUUAGAGGGGAAAGCAAGAAUGACGUAGACGUAGUUCUUCUCUCUCUCUCUCUCUCUGUGCUGUCCCUGGUCCUCAUCCAUUCCCCACUUUCUAAUGGAAUAAUGCACUGCCGGCGAAGAUGAAGAGAAAAGCAUAGGCUCCUCUGCAUUGCACGGGCAUCACUGAGGCUGGAGACAACCAACCCGCGUCUCUGCUGCUCAGAGAGGGGACAGGGAUAUUCUGGAGCACAGGCUGGGUACCAGGCCGCCGACCCCCGCUUCCCAGCACUGCAGAGACCCCCUCCCCGGGACCCCACUUCACUCCCCAGUCUAUAUGCACAAGGAAGAGGGCGAGGUGUUGAUCGGGAGGUGCCAAGGAACUCAGACCGAGCGGGGUCAUGCUCCAGGGGACACUGAAGGGGAGAAGGUCCAAUUGCGGUAGGAAGUGGAGAUAGCGGCUUUGCCAGCCCCGCAGCAGCAGAACUUUCUCGCCUGGUGCCGAGGAUCGCCGGCUUCUUGGUGGCUAGAGGAUCCCAAGCAAGAGAGUCAACAUGGCCACUCUGAUCCGGAGCAAGCUUUCCAACGUUGCCACCUCGGUUUCCAACAAGUCCCAGGCCAAAGUGAGCGGCAUGUUUGCGAGGAUGGGCUUCCAGGCGGCUACGGAUGAAGAGGCGGUGGGCUUUGUUCAUUGCGAUGACCUGGACAUGGAGCACAGGCAAGGGCUUCAGAUGGACAUCUUAAAGUCGGACGCCAGCGAAGAAGGAGCCGAGCCUCCCCUAGAAGGGGAUAUCCAUUACCAAAGGGAUGGCACGGGUCCCCUGCCCCCGUCAGCCUCCAAGGACGAGGGCAUAUGCUCGGAGCUCUCCAGCCAAGGCAAGCCCAAGAUCACCGCCUGGGAAGCUGGGUGGAAUGUCACCAACGCAAUCCAGGGGAUGUUUGUUCUUGGCCUGCCCUAUGCUAUCCUUCACGGUGGAUAUCUAGGACUCUUUUUAAUUAUUUUCGCUGCAGUAGUUUGCUGCUACACUGGGAAAAUCCUUAUUGCCUGUCUUUACGAAGAGAAUGAAGAUGGGGAGAUAGUCAGGGUGAGAGACUCCUAUGUCGACAUUGCUAACGCUUGCUGUGCUCCCAGGUUUCCCAAGCUUGGAGGGAGGAUUGUGAAUGUGGCUCAGAUCAUUGAGCUGGUCAUGACCUGUAUUCUCUAUGUGGUGGUCAGUGGGAACCUGAUGUACAACAGCUUCCCAAACUUGCCUGUCUCCCAGAAAUCUUGGUCUAUCAUUGCCACAGCUGUGCUCCUGCCUUGUGCUUUCUUGAAGAACCUCAAGGCUGUCUCGAAGUUCAGCUUGCUCUGCACCUUAGCCCACUUUGUGAUCAACAUUUUGGUGAUUGCCUACUGUCUCUCCAGAGCACGUGACUGGGCUUGGGACAAAGUCAAGUUUUACAUUGAUGUGAAGAAGUUCCCCAUCUCCAUUGGCAUCAUCGUCUUCAGCUACACCUCCCAGAUCUUUCUGCCUUCCUUAGAGGGGAACAUGCAGCACCCCAAGGAGUUUCAUUGCAUGAUGAACUGGACUCACAUAGCAGCUUGCAUUCUCAAGGGACUCUUUGCCUUGGUAGCCUAUCUAACCUGGGCUGAUGAGACUAAAGAAGUCAUCACAGACAACUUGCCAUCCACCAUUAGGGCGGUAGUCAACCUUUUCUUGGUGUCCAAAGCUUUGCUUUCCUACCCAUUGCCCUUCUUUGCAGCUGUGGAAGUCCUGGAGAAGUCCCUUUUCCAAGAUGGAAACAGGGCGGUCUUUCCUAACUGUUAUGGGGGUGAUGGGAGGCUCAAGUCCUGGGGACUCACCCUCAGGUGUGCCCUAGUAGUUUUCACCUUGUUAAUGGCUAUCUAUGUCCCUCAUUUUGCCCUCCUGAUGGGUCUUACAGGGAGCCUCACAGGUGCAGGCCUCUGUUUCCUGCUCCCAAGCCUCUUCCACCUCAAGCUCUUGUGGAGGAAGCUCAUGUGGCACCAUGUUUUCUUUGAUGUUGCCAUUUUCGUUAUAGGUGGUAUAUGCAGCGUGUCUGGAUUCAUCCAUUCUUUAGAAGGCCUCAUAGAGGCUUAUGGUUCCAACAUAGAAGACUAAAGAAUGGCCAGAGCUGGUUACAUUAAAAGAGAAUUACACAGAACAUCCACAUAGCCAAAUAAUUAUGUAUCCUUUUAAAAAAAAAUUCAUUAUUUUAGUUAUGUGCAUCCAACAAAGUAAGUCAUAGAACCUAAAAAAUAAAAUAAAAUCAAGUCUUUGCCCUGCAGUUGUUUUAAUAAGCUAAAAUUUCAAUAUAUUUUUUCUUAUUUAGAAAUUAUUUGAAGGAAAAUAUCUGACAACCCUCCUACCCUCUAAACAAUGGUCUGAACUUUCUUUAGAAUAUAUAUUGUAGGGCUGUAAAAUGCCCUAUCUAGAAACAAUUUUUAAGGUAAUAGUCUUGCAAAUAUUAUGCAAGUCAGGGUUGCAAGAUUUGAAACACAGUUGUCAACCCAAUGGAUUUGGGUUGUUUUUUUGUAAAAUUAAAAGUAGAUUAUGAGUAGUGAGUGGGGGCAGGGAGGUUCCCUUAUUUUAUACCCUCUGAAGGGUGGUUACAGAAGUGUAGACAAGACCUAGAUUGUAUGAAUGACCAAACAGUUAAAAUGGUAACAGCUGGUGACCAAUGAUCCCAGUGAGAUGUAAUGUUUACAUUGUAGUAAUAUAAUAAAUACAUAUCCUGAAUUCUUCCAUUUUAACUCAUAUCCAGUAAUCCCAUUUGAUCAAGACCUUUUGCCUCCAGCUGAAAUCACAGACCUGGAGUUCAGUUCUCCUUAUUUUUUUUAAAAAAUAAUCAUGACUUCUAAAUUUAACAAAAAGUUGUUGGAUUUGAAAGCGUUCAGGCUACAAAAACAAGACAAAACUCAUUCUGUGCAAUCCACCAGAUCUGUGCAGCUGUUUCAAAUGUACGUGUGGUGUAAUUGUGGUAAAUAAGAUGAAAAAAUGUAUAUCAGAAGAUUUAUCUUUAACAUAUAAUGUGGUACAUAAAUAUAUCAAACAAUAAAGAGAAAACAUAA